AGCUCUUUCGAAAAUGAAUGUGUGUUCUAUAAUUCUUUUGACUAUAACGGUAUUGGUGGCCAAAGGAAAGUUCAAUACAACGGAUUUACAUGAAAAAAUAUUCAAGGGCUACAACAAAGAUGCUAUUCCGAGAAGAAAUGUCACAGAAGCUGUCAACGUGAAUUUAUCUUUGGUUCUUUAUUCAAUCCAUGACGUUAAUGAAAAGUAUCAGACAAUUUCAUUUCGGGCAGUUUUAGAUAUUCAGUGGAAAGAUGAAUUUCUGACAUGGAAUCCAGAUCAUUACGGUGAUGUUAAAUCCAUCACAGUUCCGAGCGAAAAAAUAUGGAUUCCCGACAUUGUUCUACAGGAUACAGUUGGAUAUAUAACUGAUUCGAUUAAAAAAGAUGGCAGAGCAAUGAUUAAUCAUAACGGACGAGUAACAAUUUGGCCAAAUGACUUGUAUACAGUUGCAUGUAAAUUAUCAAUUAAGAAAUUUCCAUUUGAUAAACAAACCUGUUUACUUGAUUUUCUCUCAUGGACAAGUCCGUCCUCAGUUAUCCAACUCGAAAACUCAGACACAAACUGGAUUCCACAAGAUCAUGAUAUCUUGGAAAAGGGAGAAUGGUAUCUGCAGAACGUACGAAUUAUAAACCAAAGUAAAAUAUUCAAUAGAGAGGACUGGGCUCAUGUAAUAUUUAUAUUUGAAAUUCAAAGAAAAUCGCUUUUUCACAUAGUUAACAGCCUCAUACCUGUUAUUUUGAUAUCCAUAUUGGAUGUUAUGUGCUUUGUUUUACCUUCCGAAUCAGGCGAAAGGGUGGGACUGUCUAUAUCUAUUUUCCUGACGUUGACAAUUUUUCUUUACGCCGUGAACAGCACCUUACCGGAAUCAUCAGACGAAGUUGCGGUUUUCACAAUUUUCAUUGGAUUUCAAAUUCUAGGAAGUGCCCUGUCAGUGGUAAUGACCAAUAUUUCCUUGUACUUCUACUUCAAAAACGCACAAGAUCCAAUUCCGUUUUUGUUAUGGUAUUUUGCAAAAGUAUUUUGUAUGAAAAAGAACACAACCAAAAACACGAAAGUCACGUGGCAUAUGGUUUCGCGAGCAUCGGACAGACUUUGUCUGUUAUCCGCUGUUAUUUGGCACCCAGUUUUAAUUGCGAGUCUUUUCAUUGCAGCUUAUCAGUAAGCACGACAGAAACUGGCUGUGAAAACAAAAUGUCUGUUUUUUUCAUGUUAAAGUUAUUAGCAAUACUGAUUUUAUUUAAUAUGAGAUAUUUAGUUUUGUACAUUAAAAUAUCAGUAUGCAUGUCUGUUAAUAUAUUAAUGAGUAUGGAUUUGGAUUCGCAACUAAACAUACUAAUACACUGUGUACAUUUUGGCAUCACAUUUUAGGUGUAAAUUCCAAAAUUGGCAAUGUAAAGAAUACUAAUAAAAAUAUAUGUGAAUGGAAAG